CUAACCCCACCACUCUCUAGCCGCUACAGCUGCUUUCUACUCUCGUCGAUCUCCACACUCCACUACGCCCACCCACCACCCACAAAUCCACAACACAAUGGCGAGGCGCAUCGCCGUGGCGGCGGCCGCGUUCCUAGCGCUGUCGGCCGUGGUUCCGGCGGCGCUGGCGCAGGCUCCAGGCCCCGCGGCGACGCCGAGCGGGCCGCCGAACGUGACGGCGGUCCUGGAGAAAGGCGGGCAGUACACGAUGUUCAUGCGGCUGAUGAAGGAGACGCAGCAGGACACGCAGCUCAACAGCCAGCUCAACAGCUCGUUCGCCAGCAACGGCGGCGGGUACACGGUGUUCGCGCCCACCGACAACGCCUUCAACAGCCUCAAGCCCGGGACGCUCAACUCGCUGACGCAGCAGCAGCAGGUGGCGCUGGUGCAGGGCCACGUCCUGCCCCAGUUCUACAGCAUGGACUCGUUCCAGACCGCCAGCAACCCCGUCCGCACCCAGGCCUCCGGCCGCGACGGGCCCUACACGCUCAACGUCACCUCCACCACCAACAACCAGCUCAACGUCUCCACGGGCGUCGUCGAGGUCACCGUCAACAACGCGCUCAGCGCCGUCAAGCCGCUCGCCGUCUACUCCGUCGACAAGGUGCUCCUGCCCUUGGAGCUGUUCGGGGCCAAGGCGCCAGCCGCCGCGCCUACCGCGUCCAAGCCCAAGAAGGGUGGGUCCGACGAUGCCGCCUCUGGCCCCGCAGGGUCUGACGACGCCGCGCCCACGGGCGCCGCCAGCGCCAGGGCCGUCGGCUGGAGCGUCGCUGGCCUCGCCGCCCUUCUUGGCUACCUGUUGUGAGAGUGAGACCGUACGCCAUUUCUAUCUAUAGGGACGGACGACGAGCUAGUUGAAGAUGAGAAUGCCAUGUCCGGAGUUGAUUCGGGCGGCUUCUUCCAUCUUUGUCUGAGAUUGUCUGGUGGUGUUCCCUUCCUCUUCUUUCUCUCUGUUUAUUUAAAUUUCUUCCAUUUGAUCUCGCUAGCUUCUUAUUUGUAAUAUUGGUGGUUUGUAAGAUUGGGCUAUGCGAUUCAAUUUUUAUGCGUGCUGCGGCUGUUGAUACUGCAUCACUACUCUUGAGUCAUUUA